UGGCAGAAAGCUGCAGAAGUUUGGCUCUGAAUUUCCCGGACUUGCAAGCAGAAGCGUUCAGCAGACAGGCGCUGGCAUGCAUUCUUCUAUUAGCCGCACAAGGAGAUGCUCCGUGGUGUUUUUCCCCCCACAGUACUAGUUAAAGUAGUAACUAGGAGAGUAUGACUAACUAGUUGUGGAGAAACUAUGGGAUGCAUCGUCAUGGCAACAGACCAGACGUCACAAUCUGGGCAUGUGUGUUCCAUUUUUGUCUUUCUUAUUUUUCAGACUGCAAGACCUGGAUAUAGAUCUGUAGGGAAAAGAAUAUAAAUGUUCAUUUUUGUUUCUUUUUUUAGCCGGGGAAAAAAAAACCUUUUUUUAGUGGAAAAAAAAAAAAAAAAAAAAAAAAUCCACUGAGCGAGUUCUUUUUGGGUGAAGAAAGAGACUGUGCUGCGGCGUCUGGAGGGUUAACUUUCAGUAUUCCCAGCCUAAAAGGGGUUUGGGGGCUAUGAGAUAAAGAUGCCGGGGUCGCUGAGUAAUGAAGACGAGGGACAGGACGACAUGGAUUUUGAAGACGAUAUGCCAGAUGAAGAUGACGAAACUGAGCGCAACACUGUUCCCCUCACGGCCCUCGCCAGCUUCUUCUCUGAUGAUGACUCCCUCAAAAAGCAGAAGAAGAAAAAGCCCAAAAAGAUAAAAGAGGGGAAAAUACCUAAAGUUAAGAAGAGGAAAAAAGAGGGAGGAAUACAGCCAAGACUUGACAGUGACCUCGAGGAGAUUUCAGAGGUAGAGGAGGAACGCGAACGGCCAGAAAUUGGCUCUGAGAGCGAAAGCAGCGCAUAUGGCCCCACCAAAAAAAAAAAGAAAAAACCCAGGGAGAAAAAAGAAAGGAAGCCCAGGAAGAAGAAGAGAGAUGAAGAUGACGAUGAGGAUGACGAUGAUGAUGGUAACAUGAAAGAACCCAAAUCCUCCAGCCAGCUGAUGCAAGAAUGGGGUCUUGAGGAUGUUCAGUAUGGGUUCACGGAGGACGACUACAAAACAAUCACCAAUUACAAGGCUUUCAGCCAGUUCCUCAGGCCCCUCAUUGCCAAGAAGAAUCCGAAGAUUCCCAUGUCAAAGAUGAUGACAGUGUUGGGAGCCAAGUGGCGUGAGUUCAGUGCCAACAACCCGUUCAAAGGGGCAUCUGCCACCGCUGUGGCCGCCGCGGUGGCCGCCGCGGUGGAGACGGUUACUGUAGCUCAGCCAACAUCUGUCAGCAGCAGCCAGCUGAGCUCUCUGCAGGGCAUGUUAAAAAAAGCCAAAACCAAAGAAGGAAAAGGGCCAGGAGUUAGAAAGAAAAGCAAGACCAUAAAAGAAGUGAAGAAGAAACCCAAGCCGAAGAAGACCAAAUCAAAAACUGGUCAAAGUGGGAAGAAGAAGAAAGCGUCCUCUAGCGAGGAGGACUUUCUGGAGGAGUCAGACUUUGAUGACAUCAGUAUCCACAGUGCCUCUGUGCUUUCUGAUACCUCUGGGGCCACCAAGAAAAAGGCCCGACGUGGGCGGAAAAAAAGGAAAAAGGAGGAUGGCGAUGGCUAUGAGACUGACCACCAGGACUACUGUGAGGUUUGCCAGCAGGGAGGAGAAAUUAUCCUCUGUGACACUUGUCCAAGAGCCUACCACCUUGUCUGUCUGGACCCCGAGCUGGAAAAGGCGCCUGAGGGAAAAUGGAGCUGUCCACACUGUGAGAAGGAGGGAAUCCAAUGGGAGGCCAAAGACGAAGAGGAGGAGGAGGAGCCAGCAGGUGAGGAAGAGGAUGACCAUAUGGAGUUCUGCAGAGUUUGCAAGGAUGGAGGGGAACUUCUGUGUUGUGACACCUGUCCAUCGUCCUACCACAUCCAUUGCCUCAAUCCACCUCUACCUGAGAUCCCAAACGGGGAGUGGUUGUGUCCUCGUUGCAUGUGCCCUCCUCUCAAAGGUAAAGUGCAGAAGAUUCUCCACUGGAUGUGGGGAGAACCGCCGCUGCCAGCUGAGCCACCCGCAGGCCCUGAUGGCAAGCCAAUUGAUCCACUGACCAAGCCCCCGCUCAAGGGGCGCCCAGAGAGGGAAUUCUUUGUAAAGUGGGCUGGCCUUUCAUACUGGCACUGUUCCUGGGUCAGCGAACUGCAGUUAGAGCUGUACCACACAGUCAUGUAUCGGAACUACCAGCGGAAGAACGACAUGGACGAGCCCCCGCCAUACGAUUACGGCUCAGGAGAGGAGGAGCUCAACAAUGAGAAGAGGAAGAGCAAAGACCCCCAGUACGCUGCAAUGGAGGAGCGCUUUUACCGCUAUGGCAUUAAACCAGAGUGGAUGGUUAUCCACCGGAUACUCAACCACAGUUUUGAUAAAGACGGUGAUGUGCAUUACCUAAUCAAGUGGAGAGACUUACCCUAUGAUCAAUGCACUUGGGAGGCAGAUGAUUUUGACGUCCCAGAGUAUGAGAUCCACAAAGCUUUUUACUGGGACCACAGAGAGCAAAUUUUAGGAGAGGACCAACGCCCUCUUGUGGUGAGAAAAGGGAAGAAACUAAAGGAGAACUAUCCAAAAAGGGAAAUCCCUCCUGAUGCCCCCAUCAUAGAUCCAACCAUCAAAUUUGAGCACCAGCCCUGGUAUAUUAAUGCCACAGGGGGAACGCUGCACCCAUACCAGCUGGAAGGUCUGAAUUGGUUACGAUUUUCCUGGGCUCAGGGAACAGAUACCAUCCUGGCAGAUGAAAUGGGCCUCGGAAAAACGGUUCAGACAAUAGUCUUUCUCUACUCACUGUAUAAGGAGGGCCAUUCCAAGGGGCCUUUCUUGGUGAGUGCACCUCUGUCUACUAUCAUCAAUUGGGAGAGAGAAUUUGAGAUGUGGGCUCCAGAUUUCUACGUGGUGACUUACACCGGAGACAAAGACAGCCGGGCAAUUAUCAGAGAGAAUGAAUUCGCCUUGGAGGACAGCGCAAUAAAAUCUGGACGCAAGGUGUUCCGGAUGAAGAAAGACUCUCCCAUCAAGUUUCAUGUGCUGCUGACAUCUUACGAGCUGAUCACUAUAGAUCAAGCCAUUCUUGGCUCCGUCACCUGGGCCUGCCUGGUUGUGGACGAGGCUCACAGACUGAAGAACAACCAAUCAAAGUUUUUCAGGAUUCUUAACGGGUAUAAGAUCUACUACAAGCUGCUGCUCACUGGUACUCCUCUGCAGAACAACCUGGAGGAGCUUUUCCAUCUACUUAACUUCCUCACCCCAGACCGCUUCAACAACCUGGAUGGCUUCCUUGAGGAGUUUGCAGAUAUCUCUAAAGAGGACCAGAUCAAGAAGCUCCAUGACCUCCUCGGACCUCACAUGCUCAGGCGGCUGAAAGCUGACGUCUUCAAGAACAUGCCGGCGAAGACGGAGCUCAUUGUCAGAGUGGAGCUCAGUCCCAUGCAGAAGAAAUAUUACAAGUUUAUUUUGACGCGGAAUUUUGAGGCUCUGAACUCCAAAGGGGGAGGGAACCAGGUGUCCCUGCUCAACAUUAUGAUGGACCUGAAGAAGUGCUGUAACCACCCCUACCUGUUCCCUGUUGCUGCUGUGGAGGCUCCUGUUUUGCCUAAUGGUUCUUAUGAUGGCAACCUGCUGGUGAAGUCUUCAGGAAAACUAACCCUGCUUCAAAAAAUGCUGAAGAAACUCAAAGAUGAAGGACACAGAGUUCUUAUUUUCUCUCAGAUGACAAAGAUGUUGGAUCUGCUUGAGGAUUUCCUGGAGUUUGAAGGCUAUAAAUAUGAACGUAUUGACGGGGGGAUUACUGGAGGCUUACGGCAGGAAGCAAUUGAUCGUUUCAAUGCUCCAGGGGCACAGCAGUUCUGCUUUUUGCUUUCAACGCGAGCCGGAGGUCUCGGCAUCAAUUUGGCUAGUGCAGACACCGUCAUCAUCUAUGACUCUGACUGGAAUCCACACAAUGACAUCCAAGCUUUUAGCAGAGCCCACCGAAUUGGCCAAAACAAGAAGGUGAUGAUUUAUCGUUUUGUGACUCGGGGAUCUGUGGAGGAGAGAAUCACUCAGGUGGCAAAGAGAAAAAUGAUGUUGACUCACCUGGUGGUGAGGCCCGGCCUGGGCUCCAAAACCGGUUCCAUGUCCAAACAAGAACUGGACGACAUCCUCAAGUUUGGAACUGAGGAGCUCUUUAAGGAUGAGAUGGAAGCAGCACGAACCAUGGGUGAUAACAAAGAUGGUGAGGAGGGCAACGUCAUUCACUACGAUGACGAUGCCAUUUCAAAGCUGCUGGACCGCAGCCAAGAUGCCACCGAGGACACAGAGAUACAGAACAUGAACGAGUACCUGAGCUCGUUCAAGGUGGCGCAGUAUGUGGUGAAAGAAGAAGAUGAAGAGGAGGAGGUAGAGCGAGAAAUCAUCAAGCAAGAGGAGAAUGUGGACCCAGACUAUUGGGAAAAGCUCCUCCGCCAUCACUAUGAGCAGCAGCAGGAGGACCUGGCCCGAAAUCUGGGAAAAGGCAAACGCAUUCGGAAGCAGGUCAACUACAAUGACGCGACUCAGGAGGACCAAGAAUGGCAGGAUGAUCUUUCAGACAAUCAAUCGGAGUAUUCCGUGGGGUCCGAAGAUGAGGACGAAGAUUUUGAAGAGAGGCCCGAAGGUGGACGCAGGCAGUCUCGUCGACAGCUUAAGAAUGAGAAAGACAAACCUCUGCCCCCCUUACUGGCACGUGUUGGAGGCAGCAUAGAGGUCCUUGGGUUCAACACUCGCCAGAGGAAAGCUUUCCUCAAUGCCAUCAUGCGCUGGGGCAUGCCACCUCAGGAUGCUUUCAACUCGCACUGGCUGGUCCGGGACCUUAGAGGGAAGAGUGAGCGCGAGUUUAGGGCCUAUGUGUCUCUGUUUAUGAGACAUUUAUGUGAGCCAGGUGCAGACGGAGCGGAGACCUUUGCGGAUGGAGUCCCCCGUGAGGGCCUGUCUCGACAGCAUGUUCUCACCAGGAUCGGAGUCAUGUCGCUUGUCAGGAAAAAGGUGCAGGAGUUUGAACAUGUAAAUGGGAAGCUGAGCUCUCCAGAUCUGAUUCCCAUUGGAAUGGAGCUGAAGAAGCUGACUGAAAGUGUGUCUUCAGAUCCCAACACCCCGGUGCCAGCCAGCCCUGUGGCUACACAGCCCAGCACCCCCGUCCCACCAGAGAAGGCUGAGUCUUUGGUACGAAACGCUGAAGAUAAGGAGACUACAGAGACAGAUGGAAAGAAACAAUCUGAGCAGGAACAAGCUCCCAGUGCAGAGCUAGUAUCUGUACCCAAGAAGGCUGCUGACAGUGACGAGACGAAGGCAACCUCAGAAGAGACAACAGGAGAUGAGAGGAACAGAACCAAAUCCCCCAUGACAAAGGCCGAGCCACCUGCCUACCCAAAAGAGUCUGCUUUCAAGCCGGCAGAGCUGCCAUCUAGUCAUACCUCACCUAAGACGGACCCCUGCAAAGAAGCCGAGAAGUUCUCUGAAAAAGGAGAGGCUGGUUCUCCUCGGGAAAAAACCGAAGACAAAGAAAAUAAGCCAGACGAUGUGAAGAGUGAAGAUGCAUUAGAGGGUCGAUUGAACGGAGACAAAGACACUCUGGAUGAGCUGGAUGAGAGCAGAAGAGAGGACAAAAAUGGAUUCAAAGCCAAGUUCAUGUUUAAUAUCGCAGAUGGAGGUUUUACGGAGUUGCACACCCUGUGGCAAACCGAGGAGCGAGCGGCUCUUUCGUCUGGAAAAAUGCAUGACAUCUGGCAUCGUCGCCAUGACUACUGGCUGCUUGCUGGCAUCGUAACACACGGCUAUGCUCGCUGGCAAGACAUUCAGAAUGACCCCCGUUAUGCUAUUCUGAAUGAGCCAUUCAAAACAGAGAUGCACAAGGGGAACUACUUGGAGAUGAAGAACAAGUUCCUGGCGCGGCGCUUUAAGUUGUUGGAACAGGCAUUGGUGAUUGAGGAGCAGUUGCGACGGGCAGCUUACCUCAACAUGACCCAGGACCCCAGUCACCCUGCCAUGGCUCUCAACACGCGCUUUGCUGAGGUGGAAUGUUUGGCCGAGUCCCACCAGCACCUCUCCAAAGAGUCUCUGGCUGGGAACAAGCCUGCCAAUGCUGUGCUUCAUAAAGUGCUGAACCAGCUAGAGGAACUUCUGAGUGACAUGAAAGCAGAUGUGACACGACUUCCCAACAUGCUGUCCAGAAUCCCACCAGUGUCGGCUCGUUUGCAAAUGUCGGAAAGGAGCAUCCUGAGCCGCCUCACCAGCAGAGGCAGCGAACCUCCACCACAGCAGCCUUUUAGCCAGGGAGGUUUCGGCUGCUCCCAGAUGUACAGCAGCGGUUUUGGUGGGGGAUUCAGAGGACCAGGCGGACAGCCUAUGGUCAACUACAGCCAGAUGCCCCUUGGACCUUACGUCAGCGUGUCAUCUAAUGGCCCCCCACCUCCUACAAGCCAUUUGGACAAGAAAUCACUUGACUCGUUCAGAGACGGGGCCACGCCUGAACUCAAGUCAGGCAAAGCAAGUGAUGUCAUCUGUAUUGAGGACUAGACCAGCUCUGUAUAAUUGACCUGAGGUCAGAAACUCCCAGGGAUGGAAUCUGAAUGGAUGACUGCUGCCCUUGUCUUAUGCUACAUCCUUCAUUUUUUCCCUCCUAUCUCAUAAUCUGCUAACUGAAGUUCGGCUAUGAGCGGAUAAGGCAAUUAACUUUUUCAUCCGUGUACAUGUAUCUAUCAAAAAAGUUGCACUUUUAUCUUUCAAGGAUCCUAUAGAGGUGUUUCAGUAGGUAUUUGCUUUCUUUGUAGAAAUACUGAGAAUCAGGAGGGAAGAUGAAGCAGUUUUUUUUUUGGAAGAGGACUUUGGAAGGUCUGCACUAUAAAGUAAAACUCAAUCAAGUCAAGUGUCAGAUGCUCUUUAUUGGGGCUCGUCUUUAUCUUUUAAUGUAAGUUUUAUUUAUUUAAAUUUUGCAAGCUGUGACUUUGUAAAUCUGCUUGCAAUCCCUUGCUUUUCUGGAUUUGCCAACCCCUUUACACUGUGACUGUGCUGCUCUGAAGCUUGUUCUAUGUGAAGAGGAGAGAAAUUCACUUGUUGUUUGAGUCAAUAGUUUUCGAACAUCAGUAUCUUCAAAGUUACUGUACACGAACGUGUUUUUAUCCUUUAUGUUAUAGAAUAAUGGUUAUGGAGGAAAUCAAAACCUUUACCAUGUACUGUAUGCUUUUGCAAAACAGUUUAUCUGAAUCCUAUGAAGACUGCCACCUGCUGGUAACGUUGAGAAAGUAGUUCUUGCCGAAGGUGACGCUACAUCUAACUGCAUCACCUUUCAAGGGUGGCGUCUUCUGCUGUACAUAUUAGGAGACUGCAAUUUAUUUUACAUCACGAAGGUCUAAUGAUAGUGAAAAUAACAACAGCUAAAACAGAUGUUCAGGUCUUAGCAUUAUUCAUAAAAAUCCAACCAAAAAAAAAAAAAAGUAAGUUACAGAAGAUUUUUAAUUUUAAAUUGUUUUGUACUGGAAACAGUUUGUGACUGUUUGUUUGAAUGUUAGUGUUGCUUGUAGCGCUACACCCACAUACACCACAGUGGGACCAUAAACUGGAACUUUUUUGCUUGGCCUCUCUUCAGACCAAGCGAGAGUAAGAACUAACAAGUUUCAUUUUCUCUUUUAUGUCCAAGAGCUGUCCUUCUUCCCUUUUUAACGAAAAUACAUGCUUAUGUCUCAUUGUCACAUUCAGCUCACUUUAGGAUCUGAGUUUUUGUAUCCCUCUAUUUAAGUUGCAGUAAAAACAGAUGCAUAAACUUACUUGAUGCCAUUACAAGGGAAUAACCCACUCUUUGAUGCAGUGUCUUUUCUCUGCUGAGGCACAGAUUGUAAAAGAGGUGGUGCCACAGUCUAAAGUUGCAUGUGUUCUCAUUCCAAUUUUAAAGGACCAGGGUUGCACAUUGCUACUCUGUGCAGCUUUUUUGUUUGUUUGUUUUUACUGUUCUGUUUGUGUUGCUAUCCAUUUUUUUUUACUCGUAAAAUGUGUGGAUUUAACAGAAGACAGUGAUUUUUGUUACUAAUCUUAUUAUAAACUGAAUAUAUUAACCCUUGCAACUGCUUACCCGAGAAACCAAGGAAAAUCUGAAUUCAUAUUGGAUAUUUUGACAAAUGCACCAAUUAAGCACAUAACAAGAAAGAAGCCUUCAUAGAUUCAAUGCUUCCGUAAUAAUCAAAUUAUCUGCUGAAUUUGUCUGAGCUGGGCAUAUGUUUUGUGCACACUUUAAUUGUAACUAGAUUACAGAGUAGUUGGCUUUUUUUCUGUGGUUGCUUGUGAAUACAACAUUGAACUUGCCCUCUGCUCUGCAGUGUGGCAAAAAAUAAUAUUAAGAAUGAAUACUGUAACGGGUAAUCAGUGGUACUGUUAAAGACGGUGGACUUAAAAAUCCAGCCAAAAAAAAUGUAGAGAUGAACCCCAAAUAAAGCUCUGCUUAGGGUCUCGUACUUACUUGGAACUGCCCUGGUUGAACCACAGUGGUGCCCCCUAAAUAUUUGCCUAGAUUUAUUUAACUCAUUUAUGUAUUUAUUUAUUUCAUUUUACAUUUAUGCAUUGACAGAAGAAGAUGUCUGCAUGCCCUUUUCUGAAUUGAGUAUAACUUACUAAACGGGUUGGAGGUUUCUGCUGGUGCAGUCAGUGGGGUGGCAAGAAAUUUUCCGGGGUGGCCGAGGCCCCCCAGGGGGCACCACUGUUGAACCAAAGAAACAUCUGAAAUACAGUCUUUAAAGACUGAUAUUA